CGAAAUGUGAUAUAUUGAGAUUUAUUUAAAUUAUGACUAUUAAUAGACUUUUAUUCGUAACCAAAACGAGUCUUUAGAAAUUACCGUUUGCUUGAGUUUUUUUAUUUGAAAAAUACUAUGAGGGUAACAUGUGCAAUUUGCAAAAAGCAGCCUGUUCCAUUUGACAGAACUAGGAGUUUCCAUCGAUUUCCUGGUAAAGCUGACCUGAGGCAGAAAUGGAUGGAUACUAUCGGAGUGUCAUCAGUGAAAAAAACUUGGGCUGUAUGCAGUGAUCAUUUUGCAACAACAUCAUUCCAUGAACAAACUGUGUACAACAAUAGCAAAAGAAGACUGUUACCAAAUGCAGUGCCAAACUAUAUUUCCAUGUUAUUAUCAGACAUCACAAAUGUUAAUGUUAGAGAUGGAAAGAAAGAAUGUGAAGAACCUGAAACUCUCUACAUACAAUGCAAAAGUACUUGCCCAGAUGAAGUGAAUAGUAUGAAAAGGAAAUGCAACAUGUUUGACUUUGAUAGUACCAUAGCAAGUACAGUCGAAGUACCUGAGGAAGGAAGUGUUACUUUUAUUGGUUCUGUUGAUGAUGCCUCUUGGUCAUCGCUUGAAAGAUUGGAGGGAGAAAGUGUUUUAUCUAGUGGUUCUGCUAAUGGAGAAAGUGUAAACAAGUCUUCUGCUAUUGGAGAAAUACAGCUUACUAGCAUUGAGAAACCUGAUUUCUCGAAAACACAUUGUAGUACAAUAAUUGAACAAGCUAUUGCUGUAUCUGACAUAUCUCAGACAGCAGAAAGAAGUGCUAUUUCAAACGUGAAAAGAAAAUGUUUGGAUAGUGAUGAAAGGAUAACUCGAAUGAGAAAAAUUCGUUUUAAAGAUGGGCAGGCAAUACGCUGUAUCUCAAGGGCAGACUUUGUUAGCAAUGAGUCAUGGAUUAAAUUUUUGAAGUAUAUAACUUCAAAUGAAAAUAAAAUCAGAGCAAAUCGCAAAAAGCUCCUAAGAAGAGAAAGGAAGAUAGCAAGUUUCAAGGAACUUGUUAAUAAAUUAAAAGAUGGAGAACACUUAUCUGUAGCUCAAUAUUUACAGUUGAACGCCCACACCAAGAAAUCGAUAGACAGGACAUACCACAAACUAAACUUGGCGAUAUACAAACCUACGUAUAUCGGAACUGAUACCAUAUUGGUAGAUUAUGAAGAUAUGACAUCUAGAAAGAGAAAACAUAUGGAAUUUGAAGAGGAGGAAGAAAUAAAAGUGAAAGAGAAUAAACAAAACUUGUAUGAAAAAGAACAUGUAAAAUUGCAAAAGGGUGAACAUGUACCAUCCAUACCAAUGGGAGAGGAAAGACAUAUAAACUUGAAAGAGGGAGAAGAUACAAUAAUUAAAGAGGAAGUGUAUGUAAAAUUAGAACAGGGAGAUCAUAUGCAAUUGGAUGAGGAAGGACAGAUACGAUUGGAAGAGGGAGGACAUAUACAAUUGGAAGAGCAAGGACAUAUACAAUGUAAGUAUAGAAAACGUUUAAACGUGGAAGAGGAAGAACGAAUAAUCAUUGAAGUGGAUAGACCUAUAAAGUUGGAAGAGGAACAACAAAUACAAUUCGAAGAGGAAGAACACGUACACUCUGAAGAGGAAGGAGAUACAAUAAUUAAAGAGGAAGACUAUAUAACAAUUGACGAGGAAGUACCUGUAAAUUUUUGACGUGGAAGAAGGAGCAUAGCAAAAAUAAUAAUACCUAGUCAGGUCAUAAAUUCUG